AAAGAAAGGGCCAUUGGAGUAGAGGCCGCUCAGGGGAUGUUACCACACUCAGAGAACUCUAAGAAAACCCCUUGCAGCACUCAGAAAGACCACUACAGAGAUAUAUCCCCAAGACAGACACUCAGACUCGAGAGUCAUAAAGAAAGGAUUUCUGCAGGUCAGUCUGUGAGGACAUCAGCUCCUUCUUUGGAGUACUGAUGGCAGCAGAGCCCCUGACUGAACUGGAGGCGGCCAUUGGGACCAUAAUGGACAUAUACCACAAUUAUGCAAUAAUGGAAGAAGGAGCUCCCAGACUGAGUUUCAAUGCUUUUAAUAAAAUGGUCACCCAGCAGGUGCCUCAUUUUCUCAAGGAUGUGGGCUCUCUAGAUGAGAAGAUGAAGAGCUUGGACGUGAACCAGGACUCGGAGCUGAAGUUCAAUGAGUACUGGAGAGUGACUGGGGAAUUUGCAAAGGCAAUUUGGGAGGAGAAUGUCCUGGAGGUCCUGAAGACAUAAAGCCUGCUUGUCGGGAUGGGGGUCAGCAGGGUCUGCUGGGCUGGGGCAGGCAGAACUCCCCUCCCUGCAAAUAAAGCUUCCUCCUUGAAACACA